AUGAAAAAAACUUUAAGUGAAAAUAAUGUUGAUUCAGAGUUAAGUUCAUCAACUUCUAGAGGAAAAUCUAAGAGAAAAGAAAAGAAAAAUGAAGAAAAAGUAAAUGAUUUUAGUAAAGAAAAGAAAAAGAACGAUAAAAAAAAAAAUGUGAAUAAGGAAAAGAAAAUAAAUACUACUAAAAAGGUUGGAAUUUAUAAAAAUAAAAUAAAAUUUUUAGUAGAUAAUAUAGUAAUAAUACUCAUUAUUUUAUCAUUCAUUCUUCUGAUAUCCUUUAAAUAUCUUGAAGAAAAGUAUUCUAUUGAAUCUUAUCUUGAAGAUGAGGAUACUUUUGAUUAUUAUGAGGUUUUGAAAUGCAAAAGAGGUGAUGAUGUUCAAAAAAUAAAAAAGAAUUAUCGUGACUUAUCUAAAUUGUAUCAUCCAGAUAGUAACAAAAAUUGUAAAGAUUGUGAAAAGAAGUUUCAAGAAAUAACAAAAGCAUAUAAAACACUAUCAGAUUCUAGAUUGAAAAAGGCAUAUGAUAAUUCUAGAGGAAAAGUAUUAAAAUUAAUUGAAUCAAAUAGUAUAAAUCUAAAUGAGAAAAAUUUUAUAGAUUUAGUUGAAAACUCCAAUGAUUACUGGAUUAUUCAAAUUUAUUCAGAUACAGAUAGCUUAUGUCUAAGUUUUUCAAAAAUAUGGGAAGAAAGUUUUGAUAAAUAUCAUGAAUAUAUAAAAUUUGGUAGAAUAAAUAUAUCAACUGAUAAAAAAUUAGUAAAAAAAAAAAUUCCUUUUAAUGUUAAAAUAUAUCCUACUAUUUUUAUUUUAUCUCCUGAUGGUUCUUAUCAACUAUAUUCAAACAUUUUUAACGCAACUUCUAAAGAUUUUCAAAAUUUUAUUUUAAAUAAUUAUCCUAAUUAUAUAUUUAAUAUUAUAUUUUUUAAUAAAUCUUUUCAAAAUAAAGAUGAAUAUAAAGUUAAACAAACAUAUGUGGAUAAAAAUCACAAAGUAAUAUUAUUAACAAAUAAAACAAAACUAAGUUUGCAGGUCAAACAAGUAUCUUAUAAAUUUAAUAAUACUUAUCCUACUUAUGCUAUUAAAUAUGAUGAAAUUGGAAGCAUUACGAAUGAUACUUUAAAAAAAUCAAUAAUAGAUUCAUUGAAAGUGUUAAGUAUUAAAAAAGAUGAGUAUAUAAAAGAAAAUGAAAAUUUGGAUUAUUUUUUAUUGGUUAACAGUAAUCAAGUAAAUGUAAUAAGAAGAAUUUCUCCAAAUAAUAUUAAGAAUGUAUAUUAUGAUUCUUUAAAAAAAAAUUUUGUAGAGAUCAAUUCAAAUAAUGUUGAUUCAAUUUGUUCAACUGUAGGUUCAAGACAUACCUACUGUUAUGUAAUUUUUAUUGAUAGUAUAGAAGAUGAACAAACUUUAAAUUAUAUAAAAAAAUGUUAUCAACAUAUAAAUAGUUCUUAUAAUCAAUUCGUAGCAAAAUUAGGAAACGAAGAAAUCGAUGAACAAUUUUUUAUUCAACCAGUAUAUGUAUUAAAAAAGAAUUUAACAAAAAAUUUUAUGAAGUUUAUAAAUGAAAGUACUAUUAAUAAAUAUGAUUCGUUUUUCCUUGAUUUUUCAUCGAAUUCCUUUGCUGUCAUUAAUGAAAUUAAAAAUUUAAGCGAUUAUUCUCAGAAGAAAGAUGACGUUUCCUUCCUUUCCAAAAUAUACAAAGAUAUAGAAAUAUUAAAUUUUGAAAAAAUACCAAAGUACUGCGUUCCAUUCAACAUUAAUUGUUUAUAUAAUGUAAAGACAACUUUGCUUUAUAAAAUUUAUAACAUUCUCAAGAGAACAACAAAAACGCAAAUUGUAAUAUCUAUAUUAGUUGCAUAUAUUUUAAUGCCAUUUUUUAAACAAUAUGGAAGAACAAAAUAUAUUUUUUUAACUUUUUCAAUAAUCUUAUCAAUUUUUGCGAUAAAUUUAAAAGAUUUUUUUAUGUUAUUUUAUAAUUAG